UUUUCAGUCAAAAAUUAAAAUAAGCCUCGCCCUCUGAACUGAAGUGCUUCAAAUUUUCAUUGUUUCUUUUCCUUCUUGUGUUUGCUUCUUAACCCCCCCACCCCACGCUCUUAACAGCGUUGGUUCAUUCUUUCAACAAUAUUGUUCGAACGCUUUUCCCUCGUUUUCUGUCACACCAAAUUAGGGUUCCCAACUUCUUCAAGUCAUGAAAAGAAAAAAGAUUUCAAUUGCCGCUGCAAGAGCAAAAGUUGAUGAGGCAGAGAGUCGUGAGCUUUGCCCUUAUUUUGAUAAACUUCCGUCUCACCUCACUGCCCACAUUCUCCUUCGACUUCCAUUUAAGUCUGUUCUCAUUUGUAAAUGUGUGUGCAAAGUUUGGAAAACAAUUAUUUCAGAAUCACAAUUUGCUAAAUCGCACUUUGAGCGAUCACCAAUUAGUCUCAUGAUUCGAACGCGACACCGAGUGUCAAGAACCCUGUACCUUCUUGAGUGCGAGCCUGAUAAGUUUGAGAUUGGAAGCAACAAUCAUGUCAAGCUUGCACCUAUAUUCAAGCUUCCUCUCAGAUCAUUUAGGGAUAAAAGAGACCAGAUCAAUAAUGAAUCCAAGCGCCCUUUUCGUGCUGCCAGAUUAGUUUCAGGGAAAAACGACGAGAACAGUGAUAGGGGUAGACAGAGUCUUUAUAUUGCUUGCAACAGAGAUAUUGAUAAGUUUGAUAUUGUGAAUUCUUGCAAUGGUUUACUUUGUUUGUCUGACCCAUCUUUUGGAAACCCAAUAGUGAUCUGCAACCCAGUCACGGGGGAGUUCAUAAGACUUCCUGAAUCUACUACAAAUCGAACUCGAGUAAGAAUGCAAGGUCAAGCUGGUUUUGGAUUCCAACCUAAAACUAAUGAAUAUAAGGUAAUAAGCGUGUGGAUAAGACAUGUUAAACAUGCCAAUCAGUGGGUGUUUGAGCGUGUGAUCCUUGAGAUAAACACACUUGGAACAACAUCCUGGAGAAAUGUUGAAGUGGAUCCUCAAAUUUCUUUUUCGAGUCUAAAGUAUCCCACUUGUGUGAAUGGUGCACUUCAUUGGAUAAGAUUUGAGGGUCAGCAAAGGUCAAUAUUGGUUUUCUGCUUUGAAAAUGAGAGGUUGCAGUCGUUUCCUUCUCCUCCACAUGUGUUUGGAAAUCAUAAUGUUUUUUGUUGUAGGCCUAUUAGCAUGGGAGAAUUAAAGGGAUUUCUAUACAUUUGUGAUCCGACCUUUAUAUCUAAUGUUUCAAUGUGGGUUAUGAAUGAAUAUGGCAUUGGAGAAUCAUGGACUAAGAUUUACAACAUCGAUACUUCGUUCAAUCCUUUGGAUCGUGUUCCACGGGGUUAUGGUUUAAGCUGGCCGAUAAAACACUUUGAAGAAGGUGCUGCCAUAUUGUCAUAUCAUUCCUCCAAUUGUUUUACCUACUACGAACCUGAAAAAUAUGGGUUCAAAGUUUUUCGAAUUCAUGGGAGUCGGAUAAAUUAUUUUGAAGUAAUCCCACACAUUCCAAGUCUAAUUUCAUUGAAGGAUGUUUUGAAAGGAGUCAAUAUUGAGGUUCUGAAUAUCCACUCAAGGUGUGCAAAGUUUAAAUUGCGGGGAGAAAAGGAGGUUCUUUCUCUGUCUCAACAGAUUGUUUGAGACUUGAAAGUUCAUGCUUUUCAUCAUCUUAUAGUGACUUGAUAAAUAUAUCUUCCUCCUUAUCUGAUGGUGAAGAGUUUGGCGAAGAGCCUGCUUCCUAAGAAGAGUGUGCAAAUAUUAAAUUGCAUGAAGAAGAUGAAGAUCUUGAAUGAUGUUUUGACUUCUUCCUCCGGUGGUGAGGCUUUUGGUGAAGAGUACAGCUGAUAAGAAGGAAUUUCCAUACACUAGGCAGGGUUAUGUUAAAUCACAAGUUAUGAUUUGGCUAGUUGUGAUUUUGAAAAAAAACUACAAAUCUCAUUUUAAGAUGCAAAUGAUGUCUUUUUUUGUAAAAUUUAAUCUAGAUGUUCAUUAAUCAUUAUCUGUGCUUUAAGGAGGCUGGCUUGGUUUAGAAAAAGUCUGAUUAUUACUCGGCUAUUUCAUUCUGUUUCCUGA